CCAUGACGACCUUGACCUUGACUGAGGACGCGUACUCUUGGAACACGGGCUUGGAGGUGUGUGCGAAGGAAUACGGAAGCCUUCUCAACAUCAUGGAUGAAACCACACAGAACGCUUUAGUGCAGAUGGACUCAGUGUUAGAGUUCCGAAGCGAUAUGUGGAUCGGCUUGCAUGAUCAGGGUCUUAAAGAGACAGAUGAUUACUAUUGGUCGAAUUGUCAACCACUGCAGUCUGAUUGGAUCAACUGGAACACAAAACCGUUAUCAACAAACAAUAAACUCUGUGUGCUAUUGUCAGAAAAAGUGCUCACAUGGCACACGGCAAGUUGCAAGAACAAUCUACCUAUCCUUUGUGCCAAAUCUCAAGUUAGAAAAGUGAAAGUGGACAAUUUUGAAAAAAACGACGCCGAUGUUCCUUUGCUCACGUGUCCAGAAUGGACAGCAGCAGCAGCUGCUGCUCCUACAUCUACUACGUCUUUAGACAGUGGCACCAGCGCAACUUUCACUACCACUCCUGGCACACGCACUAAAGUCAGUCCAACUUCUGACACAAGCACUAAAGUCAGUUCCACUCCUAGCACAAUCACUACAAUCAGUUCCACUCCUAGCACAAUCACUACAAUCAGUUCCACUGCUGGCACACGCACCAAUGUGACUUCAACACCUCACACUAGCACUACAGUCAGUUCCAUUCCUGACACUAGCACUACAGUCAGUUCCACUUCUGGCACAAUCACUACAAUCAGUCCCACUUCUGGCACUAGCACUACAGCCAGUUCCACUUCUGGCACAAUCACUACAGUCAGUCCCACUUCUGGCACUAGCACAAUAGUCAGUUCCACUUCUGGCACAAUCACUACAGUCAGUCCCACUUCUGGCACUAGCACAAUAGUCAGUUCUACUUCUGGCACAAUCACUACAAUCAGUCCCACUUCUGGCACUAGCACUGUGGACAGAACAGUUUCUGGCGCGCCAAACAUUGCUGCCGGAACCAGUACCGCAUCCCCAUCUACCCGAUCAACAUCUCCCCACACUUCCUCCUCCAGGUCCAAGACUGCUACGACCACGACAACUGUUCUUACUGCAUCUCCAGCUGCUCCAAAAGAAAAUGUGACGUCACAUGCGAACGUCGUAUGCGGCUGCCUGUGUCUCUACGUUAACAAUACCGGAAGUCUACGAUCUUUUGACGACCUUCUUCAAAGCCUUCUCUUGGACAAACGCAGCCUCUCGGCGUUUCGUCGCAAACAUGAGAGCUCUGACGAUGAUCGCCCCUCAGCCCGGUCCCUGGGGAUGUCGGGGGUCACCCUCCUGCUUCUCCUCGUGCUCGUCUUCCUGGUGGCGGAUCUCUCCAAGGUGUUCAUGAGUCGAGAACAUGACGAACAAAUGUAAACGGAGCAUGGAAAUUUCCCCUUCGCGGUAGUGAGGG